CGUUCUUCAGUCGACGACACACCGUCUCGAGAUGUGCACGUGUUUUAAUCACUGUUCUUUUUCUUUUUCUUUAUUCAAAAGUUUAUUUCUCUUCGGAGUGUUUGAAUAACGUUGAAUAUUUAUUUUUAUUAUACGAAUAUACACGAUGAUAACUUUACAUACGAUUAUAGUUGUCGUCAUCGUCGUUGUUGUUGUCUAAUUGAAAAAAAAGAAAAACAAACAAAAAAUAAAACAAUAUUUUAUAUUUUUGUCGAGCAAAUUAAACGAUAAAAGAGGAGAGAAAAAAAAAAACAAACGGAAAUAUGUCACGUCGGAAUAAACCAAUAAAAAUUACUGCUGUUGGAGAUGGAAUGGUUGGGAAGACAUGUAUGCUUAUUACAUAUACAACGAAAAAGUUUCCAACGGAAUAUGUGCCUACCGUCUUCGACAAUUAUGCAGAUAUUAUUCGUUUAGAUAGUCAAGAAUUUGAUAUAACGCUUUGGGAUACAGCUGGACAAGAAGAUUACGAACGUCUUCGACCAUUGUCGUAUCCGAAUACUGAUUGUUUUUUACUUUGUUUCUCGAUCAGUGCUCGUAGUUCUUAUGAAAAUGUUGCGAGUAAAUGGUAUCCAGAGAUAAAACAUCAUUGCCCGCAUGUGCCGAUAAUUCUUGUCGGUACUAAAAGCGAUCUCAGAGAUCAAGACAAUUUAGAUAUAAUAACUCCACAGGAAUGUAAAAAAAUGAAAAAGAAAAUCAAAGCUUCGAAAUACGUUGAAUGCUCGGCUGUAAAACAGGAAGGCUUGGAAAACGUUUUUGUAGAGGCUAUUAGAGCGGUUUUGAAAAAACCGCCAUCUAGGAAACUCUGUUAUAUUUUUUAAGAAAAGAAAAAAAAUUAUAUGUAUUUAUAUUUAUAUUUAGAUUUAUAAUCCGUUGAUUCACAAGCAAACUAAUAUACAUUCUACCACUACCAAUCGCGUACCACGUAGAAUACUCGAUUACAUAUUUUUGGAAAUUUUGUAAAGAAAAAAUUUUUUAAUUAUUAUUAUUGAGAUUAACUAAUCAAAAAUAAGAAAGGUCUUUUAUUAAUCUUAA